AUGACGUCCCAAGAUCUCGGCUCGUUCAACGCAGAUCCUAUCACCAAGGAUCCAGUCAAGACCGUCAACCCCCAAACUUCCAACAUGGACGAGGGUGUCCUGCGCGGAGAGGUCUUCGAUCUCAACAAGCGUGAAGAUAUUGAGCGACAAAAGACACGCGAGGGCGAGACCCAUUUUAGCCGUCUUGGCUGGAAGCGCAUGACAGUCAUACUUAUCGUAGAAGCCAUUGCUCUCGGCGUCUUGAGUCUCCCGAAGGCCUUUGCUUCCCUCGGAAUGGUGCUAGGCGUUGUUCUUUGCAUUGGUGUCGGCCUUAUUGCCCUGUACGGCAGCGUCUUGAUGGCCCAGGUUCAACUCAGAAACCCGCACGUCUCCCACUACGUUGACCUGGGAACGUUGAUGUUCGGUUCAUUCGGCACCAAACUUACCAGUGUCUUCGUCGUGGGUCUGUUAACCAUGGUCGUCGGUUCGCAUUGUCUUACCGGUGCCAUUGCCUUGUCGACCAUAACCCAGUCCAGUUCGGUCUGUUCAAUCAUCUUUGGACUCGUGUCCGCCUUUAUCAUGCUUCUGCUUAGUCUGCCGCCGUCGUUCGCCGAGAUUGCUAUUCUAGGCUACAUCGACUUUGCAUCUAUCAUGCUGGCUAUUGGAAUAACGGUCAUUGGAACGGGUGUGCAGAGGUCAGACUCCCUCGGAUCGUAUGUGCCUUGGUCUGCCUGGCCGAAGGAAGAUCUAACGAUAUCCGAGGCAAUUGUUGCCAUCAACAAUAUUGUCUUUGCAUAUGGAUUUGCUGUGGCACAGCCCUCCUUCAUGUCUGAGAUGCACACGCCGGCAGACGUCUUCAAAUCCACUCAAGCCCUAGCAGCUAUUGAGAUUAUUCUCUAUACCCUUACUGGUGCCUUGAUCUAUGUAUUCGUCGGUCAAGAGGUCCAAUCCCCAGCGCUUCUUUCCGUCGGAACUAUGCUCUCUAGAGUAGCUUUCGGGGUAGCGCUACCGGUUAUUCUAAUUUCUGGGUCUAUCAAUACUACUAUUGUAUGCCGGUAUAUCCAUGGAAGAUACUAUCGCGAUUCGGUUGUACGAUUUAUCAACACAAAGAAGGGCUGGAUCUCAUGGAUUAUACUGGUCUGCGCAGUUACAGCCAUCGCCUGGAUAGUCGCUGAGGCGAUUCCCUUCUUUUCCGAACUUCUUUCCAUUUGCGCCACCUUAUUCAUUUCCGGCUUAUCGUUCUAUCUACCUGCACUUAUGUGGUUCAUUCUGUUAAAGGAUGGACCGUGGACUUCCAAACGCAACAUAAUCCAUACUUUGGGAUCCGGACUUCUGUUCCUCUUUGGGGUCGCUAUUUUUGGCUUCGGCAUGUACUCAAGCAUUGAGGGACUUAUUACCAAGUUUGAAUCAGGCUCAAUUAACAGACCAUUUACAUGCUCAAGGACUUAG